AUGUUAUCUAGACUACGUCCAUAUUUACAUAUUGUUGUCCUGUGUAUAUGCUGGUAUGUUAUUUCGUCUUUAGCAUCACAAGUAACAAAACAUAUUUUAACUCUAUGUCCGCUUCCAUUGUUUCUAGGGGAAUUUCAGUUUGUCUUCACAGCAUUUUUAGCUUCUAUAUCAUGUCAAAUUGCAUAUAUGUCCCCAAAUUUUAAAAAUACUUUUCCCCAAGGAACUUUUCCUGAUUAUAAUUCAUAUGGUGGUCUUAAAACUUAUGACAAUGCAAAUUUCUUAUUAGCAAUCACAAAACCAACAAAACAUAUUAUUGAGACCGUUUUACCUUUAGGUUUAUUUCAAUUUGUAGGGAAAUAUUUUGGCCACAAAGCUACUUCUUUGGUCCCUGUGUCUACAGUGGCAAGUAUAAAGACAUUAUCACCUCUAUUUAUUUUGAUGUUUCAAAAAUUGCUACAUAUUAAAACUUUGAAAAUCAACAAAACCUUAACUCUUAGUUUAACUUCAUUAGUUCUUGGAGUUUGGAUUAUUGUUAACGAGGAUAGCAAAUAUCACAAGAAAAAACAAACAGCAUCUUCAACCAGUUACUCUACAUAUGGCUUAAUAUGUGCUGUGAUUUCUAUGCUUGUCUUUGUGGUACAAAACAUUUAUGGUAAGAGUAUUUUCACCUUCAAAAGCACUCCUUUAACCGAAUUUGACAAGAGAAAGCAUUUACAUCACGAAGAUUCCCCGUUACCCCUUUAUAAGGAAGAGAAUCAUUCAGUAAACACACAACCAACGAAAUCUAAGAAAUAUGAUAAAAUGACAUUAAUGAUUUAUAUUUCAGUCAUCGGAUUUCUUUUAUCUUUUGGUUGGUUUGUUACGUUAGAAUUACCGAUUGUAUGGAGACAUAUAUGUCAUGAUGAAGUAUCGGAUCAUAUUAAGACUAUACCAUGGAAAUUGUUUAUUGUAAAUGGGACAUUCCAUUUUAUUCAAGCUAUGAUCACAUUCCACCUACUAGGUGAAGUAUCUACAUUGACAUAUUCAAUUGCAAAUUUAAUGAAAAGAAUAGCUAUUAUUUCUGUCAGUUGGUUGUUUGUUGGCGGUCCAAUAACAUUUCUACAAAUAUUUGGUUUGUUUGUCAAUACAGCAGGUUUGUUUCUUUAUGAAAGAUGUAACAAUAAAAAUAAAACAUUAAAAAAAUUACGUCCUGAAUGA